AGUUGUGUUUUCAGGAGGAAAACUUCACUAGGUUAGGUAGCUAGAUUUGUCUCGAGUUAAGAGUCCAGGGUCCUCCUAACGUUAAUCGGGUGUUCUUUUUAAUAUAUACCUAGCUAGUGAUUUUUAUCACACUGAAGGAAGAUACAAAGUCAUGUCUGGUAUAGCCUUAAGUCGUCUUGCACAAGAAAGGAAGGCCUGGCGAAAGGACCAUCCUUUUGGCUUUGUUGCUGUGCCCACAAAAAAUCCAGAUGGAACAAUGAACUUGAUGAAUUGGGAGUGUGCCAUCCCUGGAAAGAAAGGGACUCCAUGGGAGGGGGGCUUGUUUAAACUACGAAUGCUCUUCAAGGAUGACUAUCCUUCUUCACCUCCGAAGUGCAAAUUUGAACCCCCGUUGUUCCAUCCAAAUGUAUAUCCCUCUGGUACUGUCUGUCUAUCGAUUCUAGAGGAGGACAAAGACUGGAGGCCAGCCAUUACUAUCAAACAAAUACUGUUAGGAAUCCAAGAACUCCUAAAUGAACCAAAUGUCCAGGAUCCUGCACAAGCAGAGGCAUAUACGAUUUACUGCCAAAACAGGGUGGAAUAUGAAAAAAGGGUUCGAGCACAAGCCAAAAAAUUUUCUCCAUAAAAGCAUCAAGACAACACAAGAUACAAUUAUUUCUUUCCUUUUUGCCCCUUUUUGUCUAUUUGAAACUGUGUUUAUUGCACAAUUUAUUCCUGAUGGAAAAAAUUUUGUUUUAUUUUUAUGUUCUUUCCCAUUUGUCCUCUAACGCCAUACGGAUGCAACCCUUAUGUUUUCAAUUUGGAAGUUCUGGAUUUUUAAGUGGACUAUGCCAAAGCAAACUAUUUCCUGUACUGUGGUACCUUUUUUUUCCUCCAAGAGCUCACGUUAGUCAGAAAGGACUGUACAUAAUGGGAGACUGUCAUUUGUAUUCAUUUUUAUCCAUAAUGUAUUGAGUAUGUUAGAAUUCUUUUGCCUAUGUUCUGAUAAAGGUAUGAAUUGCCCCAGAGAAUCAAAUCGAAGGUAUUUUUAGCUUAUCUGAAUCAGACUUAUGUUUUUUUGGUCCAUGUAUUUAGAGUAAAUAAAAUGUUUAUACAAAGAUAUUGAUACCCUACAUAAGGUAAAUAUGUUAAGUGAGUUAUAAAGGUUAAGAUUUUUAUGGACUAUUAAUUAGAUGCUUAAUUAGUGAUUAUCUAGAUAAACACAAUACUGUUACACUUUUUACAUUGUUGCUGAAAAUACUAUGAAUACUGGUUGGACCAAUUGCUCUUUUUUUUCCUCUGAAACACCAACUACACUUGAUACCUCUUCAUGUGGUUUAUUAUCAUAAGAUACAGUUAGCUUUGAAAAUGAAGAAUCCUUGAGUAAAUGUGGGAUUAAAUUUGAUAGCAGGUACUUCUCCACAGGUGUGGUUUCUGAGUUAACUAAGCAAUACUCAUAUCAUUAUGCUUAAAGUCGUAUGCUCCUUACAGGUCCUACUACGAUGGUUAUCCCGCUAUCCAUAGUGCCGGAGCUGUAACCAAAUGGUUUCAUAAACAUGUAAACUGCAUGCCAUCGCUUUUGCAGGUUGAAUUCUGACAGUCCAAAUAAGCGCAAGUCUUGUUCACGCCCUCUGUUGAUUUACAGGCUAUGACAGACAUUGUACAUGUUCGUGAACACCUGAUCUAAGUCAACUACUUGCAAGGAAUGGAAACUACUUGCCACGCUUUCCUCUGCUUGUCAUUCUCACCGAAGUAGCUAUUAUGGUCACUGCAGUGAUUCUGGUGCAUUCUAUGCAAUUUCAGGUUUACAACCAUGUAGACUCGCUUGCAAGGGAGCAAAACAUAGAUUGGGUGCAGGACAUGGCCACACAAACCUCACUUGUUACCUAUGAGAAUUUGUGUUUUACUUUUGGGGGAUUCCCCUGUGUAUUUUGUGAGUGCAGAACAAUUUUGUCACUUUGAACAAUAGGAAUUCAACCCCGGUCAACAGAUUUUAACCCAAUAAGACGGGGCCUGAGACCACAGUUUCCAUUAACAUUACGUGGACACUUAAUGAGCUUAACAAAAUUAAUGUAGCCACUUGUGGACUCCACUGGAUAAAACGCAUCUAUCCAGUCUAAAAACAUACCUAAAUCGAACCACAGUUAUAGUUACUGCCAAUGGCUUGAAGUUCAGGAUGAGUUAGAUUUAUUUGGGAUGUUGGGUGUACUUCACAUUUUUAUUGAGAGAAUUAUGAAGCUACAGUGGUGGCCAAUGGUGGGAGAAAGAAAUGUCGGAGCAGGUAAUUGAACCUCCAUCUCUGGGGCGAGAAGGGUCUUAUGUGUCUGAGCCAACUACUUUACAGCUAGACUACAGGCUCUGCAUGAGUUUUUUUGAAUUUUAUUCUUUAUUUUCUCAUUUAAUGUACUUGCAAGGGAGACUUAUUUUUUUAAAUGUUGAUAGGAUUGGUUUAGUUAAGUGUAAAAUAGUGAUCAUAAAAUCUUAUUUAAAUUUGGACCGGACCGAGAGAGGAUAAAACCUUCUGAAUGUCAGUGACCAAAGGAGGGACAUCUUGGCUAAUCAUCAUCUGCAAUCCAGCAAUGGCUACUUGGAGCUGACUGGUUAAGCUGUACCUAGCAUGUCCUCUGUCCAAACUCCAUUAAUAUGUUGUCAUUUAAAUAUUUUAACUACGUGCUGUAUAACUUACUGUGAAAUGUAAAGCAUCACUGUUUAAAGGGAUUUCGUGAACUAAGAGAAAUAAACUCCUGGCCCCGGACAAAGUUUUAUCGGACCGAACAGGUUGGAAAAAGGGCUACGUUUUGUAAAUGUUAAUUUUAUCCCUUUAAAAGUGUGCAUGUGUGUGCUUCAGACCUUUUGAAGUGUAUUCUUUCACCACAGUUUAUUCUAAACCCAUGAGCCCUUCUGAUUUUGAGUUGCAGCUAGGUGAAAUGCAAUUAACACAUAAUGAAAAUGACAGGGUUUGAUGCAAAUUAAAUCCUUAGUGCAGUCUCCAACAUCAUGUACAAACUAUACAUUCUCUUUUGUGCCAGAUUUGCUCAGGAACACUGUGUUAUAACAUUACCAAUAUGUUUAUCCGGCUUUGUAAUUUGAACUGUGACAAGUUCUUGUCAGAUUGUUGUUAUUCCAGUAUGAUCACAUGCACAUCCUUUAUGGGCUGCAGGGCUGAAAGAGGUUGUGAAAGAAAUGGAGUCUGCAUUAUGCUUCAAAAUGUCCCUUUGAAGGCAUGGGUUGGGAGGUUGUCACAACGCCUCAAUUCACCGCUAUGCAAGUAAACAGGUGUGAUGUCUGUAAAUGAUUGUUCAUGAUGCUAUACAAUUUGUCCAUUCAGUAUGGUGAGUUAUUUUUAUGAGUAAAAGUUGUAGUGGAAAUGCCUUGCACAUUAUCAUAUCAACUAAGACUCUAAAUUGCAUGGCAAUGACUUGUCUACAGAUUAAAUACAUUUGAGAUUGUUAAUCAGUUCAAACUUUCAACUACUGGGGUAGUUGAAAGUUUGGUGGUGAAUUCACCCACCCCACCAUCCUCAACCCCAACUCCCCACUGAAUCUGAAUAGCCAGUCUAUUUAAUACUAAAUGCUCUCAAGACUGCCCCUUCUGGUUGGUCUGUACCCUAACAUAACACUUCACAAAUUCAGCUGUCACAGGUUUACAUAAAACAUCUUACGCAUUUCACUGAGACCAGCCUGCUCAGUGUAUCCUCUUGGAUUGACCUAUAAUAAUGUAAAUGUAUGGUAGCUUAAUUUCUCACAAUGUAUAUGCAAACUGUUUGCUGGAGUGCAGAUGUCUAGUACCACAUUUGCUAAUCAAUACAAAUUUGGUGGCAAAAAUGUGAAGGAAACCUAUACAUUCAGGUUUUAAUUUAGUACAUGAAAAUGUAUAUGAAAGAUGUGUGCACUAGAUCACUGCUUUUCAUCUGCAAGAAGUCCGUUUGAUGGAAAAACAUGGUGGGAAUUAAUGCAGAUUUUCUUUAUGCAGAUUUUGUAAUAUUUGCAUAAAAAUCUGUCAUUAAUUGGAUGGAAACCUAGCUACUGACAGAUGGCAUGUGAGGGUCCUUUUUUACUCAAUGUUUCUUAAUUGCUACUCUUACUGUACACAAUCAACAACUGUAGAUGAUUGCUAGGUUUCCUUUUGAAGCUGAGUUUCUUAACUGCAUCAACUCAGUUACUGAUGGCUAUGUAUUAAGUUAGUGCUAAAGAUGUGUCCCAGGGUAGAAAACUACCUUAUUUUUCAUAUCCUGCUUUGAACUUUGUCAAUGGCUCAUACAUUUGUAAUUAACCACCUGCAGUUUUCUUCCAGUGGCGAAAUACACAAUCCUAAAAUAA